AUGAAUAAUCAAACAUCUAGAACUAUAGUUCAGGAGAACAAUGUGCUACGUUUACGACCAACCCCUGAACCGACUGCAUCGUCAUCUUCGUCAAAUCAACCAUCAGAUCUCGGCGAAGAAAUAAAUAAGCAAUCCAAGGAGUCCCAACAAUCUAAGAACAAGAAAAAGAAAAAGAGUAAACCUAAAGUUAGAUGGAGUGAAGAUACUGUUGAUAACGAACAUAUGAAUAAGAAAAAGACAAAAAUUUGUUGUAUAUUCCAUCCGCAAAGAUCAUUUGAUGACGAAGAAGAAGAAGAACAUAAUCAUGACCAUAAUUGCUCCAGUUCAGAUGAUAGUAGCAGUGACUCGAGUGGAGAUGAAGGUGAACCAACUAACAAUAACGGUAACAACAACAAUGCAAUACCGAAGCCAAAUGCCUAUGAAUAUCAGCCUCAUUAUGAGAAUCGUUCAAAACUUCCUCCGAAUACUCAAUAG